CCUGACCUCGUGAUCCGCCCGUCUCGGCCUCCCAAAGUGCUGGGAUUACAGGCUUGAGCCACCGCGCCCGGCCGACUGUAUUUGUUCUAUUAGAGACAACUGCAGAGAGAGGCCAAAGCUCAGAGCAGGCCACUGGCACUGGCAUCUGAUCCUGCUUAACUGCCCUGCAGCAUAGGAUGGAGACACUUGGGUCUUGUCAGGCUAAGGGACGGGGUAGGAUGGCUAGUGGUGGAAUUGAAGAAAACAAAUGGGCAGAAAGUGGCUGGGUGGAAGUUGAGAGGGCUAUCCUGGCAGUGUUCACUGGAGAGGUGUGAGGCUUUCUGAAUGCCUGCUGACACCAGGGUGGGGCAGGGCUGUGCAGUGCAGUGCAGUGUGAGAUACACCAAAUUGGACUAGAAGCCAAGGCAGGGUUGUGUAGGGGGUACCCCUGGGGCCCUCCACCUAGUGAAGCCCUAUCAGCCCAGUGUCCUCUCACCAGCCCUCAGAGUCCCAGCCAGCUUUCCUUUCUGGGCCUGUACUGCAACCCCCUCAACAUGGCCCACUGGGUAAAAAUUCAUGCUUCAAGACUGAUCCCCAAGCCUGUUUUAUAUUAUAUGAGUAAAGAAUUUUUAAACAUUUACCCCCAGAUAAUGUAUAUUUAUGAAGUAUAGCCCUGUCUGCUUGACUAAUGUAUUAAAACUGUCCUUUUUGACUCCUGGUCCAAGAAACUAUUGUCUGCACUUCUGUGUAGUUGUGUAUAGCAUCCUGCAAAUUCUGUCAGAAGUCUGUGUUUUCAGUAACACUAAAACUUCUCUCUCAAAUGAUACAAAUUUUCAGCUUUAAGACAAGUUCUGGGGAAUGAAUGUACAACAUAUUGACUAUAGCUAAUAAUUCUGUAUUGUUUACUUGAAGCUUGCUAAGACAAAUUUAAGUGCCCCCCACCGAACUAGUACAUAAAUAAGUCUAGUGAAGGAUGUUUUAAUUAAUUUGAUUUUGGUAAUCAUUACACAAUGUAUAAUUAUAUCCAAUCAUCACAUUGUACACCUUGAAUAUAUAUAAUUUUUGUCAAAUAACCUUAAUAAAGCUGGGAAGAAAACGAUAAAAAAGUGACAAUCUAACAUAUGAUAAGGUAAAAAGAUAUUUCAAGAAAUUUGGAUGACCUCUUGCACCCCACUUUGCUAGCCUCUACUCCCAAGAGUCAUGUUCUGGCUGUGUGAAGUUGAGCAACUUCUUAAUCUUGCCAAGCUUCAGUUCUUAUCUGUAAAAUGUGAUAUUGAAACGAUUUGAGAAUUGUGAGGGUUAAAUGAGAUAAUUCAGGUAAAGCUCUGAAACCCCUGCCAAGAAUAAAGUCUUUUCUUCCCCCCCAAAACCUGAGUAUUAGAAUUCAUUCUCUCUGGUUUCUCUCUUUUGCUAUGCUAAAAAUAGAUCCAGGUCCUUUUCAUUGUCAAGAUUUUAGUUUCCUUCAAAAGAUAACUGAGAGCUAGUUGUAAUAUAACACCAGAAGAGUUAUACAGGUCUUAGAAACUACGUUUUUCAUAGUAAUUAUGUUGGUUUGCACUUCCUGGCUUCCCUUCUCAGACGGUAGGUACCUGGAAGCCUAGUGGAGCAGAUUCUCCCCACUUGAAGAUACUUAUAAGAAUAACGAACAUAGUUCCGAUGACCAUAUGCCCAACAACGCUCUGCGCACUUCACACAGUAGUGUCAUCUCAGCCUGUGAUCAUUCCGAGUUAGGUGCCGGGAUUCUCCCCGCUUUGUGAUAACUUGCCCGAGGUCGUACAGCUAGCCAGCUAUGGAACCAGUAUUCAAACUCGGCUACGCUGCAGCCUGUGGCCCUCCACUUUCUUGCCCGUGGUCUGCAGUUUAGGUAACCUCUGGGGGCGGGGUGUUUUGGGUCAGGUUGUGGCCUCACAGAACAGCGCUUGCUGCGGUUGGAUGGAUGGGUGGGUGGGUGGAUGAAGAGAAGAAACCCGGUGGCGUCGUCCCAGGGCUGUGGAGCGCCCCGAAGGUGAGCGCAUCCCCCGCGAGGGCACCUGCCAGCCGCGCAGUUCUCAGCACUCUCCGCCACUUCCGGCCCUGGCCCCGCCCCCUCGGGUGGCUGGCGUCCCUUACGCGUUGAGGAAUUUUGUCCCCAGCGCCGACCCGUCUCUCUGCCCUCGUCGCUGUCAUGGCGGCAGCUCCGCCGCUUUCGAAGGCCGAGUAUCUGAAGCGUUACUUGUCCGGGGCAGAUGCCGGCGUCGACCGGGGGUCUGAGUCCGGUCGCAAGCGUCGCAAAAAGCGGCCGAAGCCUGGCGGGGCCGGCGGUAAGGGAAUGCGGAUUGUGGAUGAUGAUGUGAGCUGGACCGCUAUCUCCACAAGUAAACCAGAAAAGGAGGAAGAGGAAGAUGACGGAGAUUUGCCUGUGGUGGCAGAGUUUGUGGAUGAGCGGCCGGAAGAGGUAAAGCAGAUGGAGGCCUUUCGUUCCAGUGCCAAAUGGAAGCUUCUGGGAGGCCACAAUGAAGACCUACCCUCACACAGGCAUUUUCUUCACGAUACCCUAGAUUCAUCUCCUAGGAGAGUCCGUCAUGAUACCCCGGAUUCAUCUCCUGGGAGAGUCCGUCAUGAUACCCCGGAUUCAUCUCCUAAGAGGGCCCGUCAUGACACCCCAGAUCUUUCUCCCCUCAGAGGGGCUCGUCAUGACUCAGACACAUCUCCUCCCAGGAGGAUCCGUCAUGACUCCUCAGACACUUCACCUCCAAGGAGGGCCCGUCAUGAUUCUCCAGAUCCUUCUCCCAGGAGGCCUCAGCAUAAUUCUUCAGGUGCAUCUCCUAGGAGAGUCCGUCAUGAUUCACCAGAUCCCUCUCCUAGGCGAGCCCGUCAUGAUUCCUCAGAUAUCUCUACCUCCAGAAGGGUCCAUAACAACUCCCCUGACACAUCUAGGAGGACUCUUGGCUCUUCAGACACACAGCAACUCAGAAGGGCCCAUCAUGACUCCCCUGAUUUGGCUCCUACUGUCACUCAUUCCCUACCCAGAACCAAAAGUGGUAAAGCCCCAGAAAGAGCCUCUAGCAAGACUUCUCCACAUUGGAAGGAGUCAGGAGCCUCCCAUUCGUCACUCCCAAAGAACAGCAAAUAUGAGUAUGACCCUGACCUCUCUCCUCCACGAAAAAAGCAAACAAAAUCCCAUUUUGGAGACAAGAAGCAGUUUGAUUCCAAAGGUGACUGCCAGAAAACAACUGAUUCAGACCUUUCUUCUCCACGGCAUAAACAAAGUCCAGGGCACCAGGAUUCUGAUUCAGAUCUAUCACCUCCACGGAAUAGACCUAGACGCCGGAGCUCUGAUUCUGACCUCUCUCCACCAAGGAGGAGACAGAGGACCAAAUCUUCUGAUUCUGACCUGUCCCCACCUCGAAGGAGUCAGCCUCCUGGAAAGAAGGCUGCACACAUGUAUUCUGGGGCUAAAACUGGGUUGGUGUUAACUGACAUACAGCGAGAACAGCAGGAGCUCAAGAAACAGGAUCAAGAAACCAUGGCAUUUGAAGCUGAAUUUCAAUAUGCUGAAACCGUGUUUCGAGAUAAGUCUGGUCGUAAGAGGAAUUUGAAACUGGAACGUUUAGAGCAAAGGAGGAAAGCAGAAAAGGACUCAGAGAGAGAUGAGCUGUAUGCCCAGUGGGGAAAAGGGCUUGCCCAGAGCCGGCAACAGCAACAAAAUGUGGAGGAUGCAGUGAAAGAGAUGCAAAAGCCUCUGGCCCGCUAUAUUGAUGACGAAGAUCUGGAUAGGAUGCUAAGAGAACAAGAAAGAGAAGGGGACCCCAUGGCCGACUUCAUCAAGAAGAAUAAGGCCAAGGAGAACAAGAAUAAAAAAGUGAGACCUCGCUACAGUGGUCCAGCACCUCCUCCCAACAGAUUUAAUAUCUGGCCCGGAUAUCGCUGGGAUGGAGUGGACAGAUCCAAUGGAUUUGAACAGAAGCGCUUUGCCAGGCUUGCCAGCAAGAAGGCAGUGGAGGAACUUGCCUACAAAUGGAGUGUUGAGGAUAUGUAACUUUCCUGAGGCUGUGGGGGUGGCUGGGCUGUGGUAGUGGGCAUAGGCAGCGAGAUAUCCAGUGGUAACAGUUGUCUGUGCUAAUAAUUGGAGCCCACAAAGACCAGCAACUUGCUGAAUGCCAGUUUUGACCACAGAAGAAUAUUUGAGACCUGAUGUUUGGACUGAGGUACCUGUACUUCUUGGGUAUGACAACCCUGACUGUUGCUGGCUUUCAGAAGAAGCAUUGAUUUCUCAGUGUACCAGAGGUUGUUCUUGGUUAGGGUUUUUCUUUUCCUUUUUUAAAUAAACAUAUAUUUAUUUUUUUAAAAUUA